ACAGAUAGUUUUAGGUUAUGUGUACUAAUAAAACAUAAAUAUAUUUAUUAUUUAUUGUAUGGAAUGGUUUAAAGAAAUUUAACUGUUCAAAAUGAAUAAUUUUGAAACCACUCCUGGGUUUUGCUCCGACUGUGGAUCUAUAUUACCUUUAUUGAAAAAUUCUGGGAAAGUGACUUGUUAUUUAUGCAAUCGGCAAUAUGGUUUAGAAGCUUUUGGUAAUAUGGAACUUUUCAUGAAUAUCGAAUUUAAUUCAUCUGAUACUUACACUGGUUCAAAAUCAAAAAAAGAGAGAAAAGCAAAAAUUACUGAAAAAGAAUCAGAAGGUCCUGUCAUAGAAAGACGAUGUCCAAAAUGUGGCAAUGAUAAAAUGUCUUAUGCAACCUUACAGUUACGGUCAGCAGACGAGGGUCAAACUGUAUUUUAUACAUGCACUAAUUGCAAAUAUAAAGAAACUGAAAAUUCUUAAACGACUGAUAGGCAAUUUAUGGUUUUGAGGAAUACUUAGAUUUAUGAGCGUCAGAUAUAGAUAAUACUUAACUUGUUAAGCUAAUUGUUUGAUAAAAUUC